AUGGCUGCCAUUGAUACGAUGGAAGCUCCAUAUAGUACUCUUCCAUCGCUUCCAGCAAAGCAUAGAGAUUUUUUAAACUAUGUCAACUCGCAUCCAAACACUCCAAUGCAGGAGCUCGUCAGACCCUACAAUGAAUAUGACGGAGUUGUGCGCAAGAUCUUUGCCCAAGAACCGUCGCAUCCAGCACUAGCUGACAACCACCUCAACAUUGUCCCUCUUUACGAUGACACAGACGAAAGAAAAGCGACAGAUAUUCGGAUUCGGGCACGCGAUCUGGCUUCAGAACCAAAGGAGCUGCAGGAGAAAUACAUCAUGCCUCUGAAGCAUGAAGACCGCAAGCCGAACGGCGCUCCAGCCGUGGUUCCGACCUUGAAAGAAUUUCGGACCAAUUUCAACAUCUUCAGCGAGGGCUCGUUGAGUGAUCUCGAUUGGAGCAACGUCGUUGCUGCAGGUAGCUCGGUUGUGACCUCCCUGCUUCCUGUGCCAGAGAAAUACCGCGCCUCGAAGCGCGGUCACCGCCAAUUUUAUCAUGAGAUUUUCGCGCCUGCUUCGGAUGUCGAUCUCUUCUUAUAUGGCCUGACCGAAGAGCAAGCCAUUGAAAAGAUCAAGCAGAUUGAGGCCAAGAUCAGGGAUUCGAUCUUGGAUGAGACGACAACAAUUCGAACGAAAAACGCCAUCACAAUCGCCUCUAAAUAUCCGACUCGCCACGUACAGAUAGUUCUGCGCAUCUACAAAUCAGUUGCAGAAAUCUUGACCGGAUUCGACGUUGAUUGCUCGUGUGCAGCCUACGACGGCCGACAGGUCUACGUUGCACCCCGAGCCCUCGCCGCGUUUAUUACCCAGGCGAACCAGAUUGACUUGACCAGACGCUCUCCUUCCUAUGAGAACCGUCUUUCCAAAUACUCCCGCCGGGGGUUUGAAGUAUUUUGGCCGCAUUUGGAUCGCUCUCGGAUUGACCCGACAAUCUUCGAGCGAAGCUUUUCGCGGACAGUUGGCCUUGCUCGCCUCCUGGUCCUUGAGAAGUUGCCAAAAUCUUCUGAUCGAGAGUCCUACCUCCAAAAGCGACGAACGGAGCGUGGUCGACCACUUAAGAUUUCACGAAGCCGGAGAUCUGAACAAUUGAAAGGUAACGUCAAGGAUGAUUGGGAUGACGAGGUCGCGGAAUGGGUGGAGCAGGACGACGUCUCUGACUAUCAUACCAUUACUAUUCCUUAUGGGCCAAGAUUCCAUGCUAGGAGGAUCGAGAAACUGUUGUAUACGAGGGAUCUGUUGCUGAAUGCUGAGUGGAACAAGCCCAAGGAUCGGGUGGUUACCCUUCAUCGACAUCCCGCGUUCUUUGGAAGCGCUGAAGAUGUCAUGCAUGACUGUUGUGGCUAUUGUCCGAAGCCAGCGACCCCCGAGGAGGAAGAGGUGGCCAAAGAAGAAAGCAAAAUCUAUGUCUCCGGGGACAUUACGUUCAUCAAAGAUAAUCCAGGACGUCAGGCGAUUGGGAGUUUCAAUCCCAUAACAGAUACCGAUUGGACAGAAAUGGCUUAUGUUGGGAACACGGAGCGUCUCUGCCAGGCGAUUGUUGCUUGCAAUGUUGAGGAAGUCAAGGAUUGGCUUUCUCAAGAGGGGUCGGAUCCUAACCGUCGUGACUACACAGGCAGAACGCCAUUGCAUCUUGCUUGUAUGACUUCUACGCCAGAAAUCGUGCAAUGCCUUGUGGAUCACGGUUCCCGGUUGGUCAGCCGCCUAGCGGACGGUCGAACAGCGUUGCAUCUGGCGGCUGCAAGAGGGAAUGUCGAAAUCGCCAGAAUCCUUCUUACGAAAAGUGCAGAGAACGAAGAGGAAGAGAUAAAGAAAGAACAGGCUCGCAAGGAACCUGAGCGAAGAGCCAGACAGAAAGAGCAGAGAGAUGCAGAUGAUGACGAUAAUGGGGACGGUGAGCUCGUCAGCAAUGCGUCCGAUGAUUCGGAUGAAGACUUCGAGUCUGUCGCCACAGGGUCUUUUGUGAAAGUUGAGAAACAAGGCAAAAAAGACGAUGUCUGUGCCGACAAUAUUCCCGACGACACGAACGAAGAUGAGCCGGAUGUCUACGAUAUCAACGUCUUAGCUUGGGACAAUCCCACCUCUCCCUUGCACCUUGCCAUAUUGAACGGUCACGUCGAUAUGGUCGAUGAGCUGGUCGCCUCUUUUGGGGCUGACGUGCUUCUGCCAGUCAAAAUUACUAGAAUUCGACAAGCUGCCAUUCUGACCCUCGCUCUGGCUCUCACACUGCCCUCCCAGAAGGCGAAAGACAUGAUGGCAAAACUUUUGCAGCUGGGUGCGUCCCUCACUCAAGCGGACCUAGACCAGUGUACGCCGUUGCAUUACUUGGCAGCUUUCGCACAUACCGAGCUUCUCGAUGUGCUGCUGGAGUACGAUAAGCCUUCUGUGGAUCGUACGAUCAAUCAUGUAGCCGUCACUGGCAAUUUCCAUAGCAGCCCGGCCGCCUACUCUGCUGUCAAGAUAGCAGUGAACACGGCGAACCUCAUGCUCGUUGUCAAAUUGCUUGACGCUGGCGCGAACCCAUCUAUUGGCUUCAGUGACUUUAUCAAGUCUGCUCGGCUAAAGUUUGACGAGUUUGAGCGCAGAUCGUCUGAAGAAAACGAGAGAAUAUUCGAGGAAACUGUCAUGCAGCCUGUCGUUCGUGCCGUCGAAAUCGACCAGCCUUUUAUUGCACUCGAAUUACUUGCACGAGGAGCUGACCCAAACACGUUGACCCUCGAUGGAUGCAGGGCAAAGAGACAGGCAGAUAGAUUUAGGCCGGUGAGAGGCACAUCAUUGCUAGAUCUCGUGAGAGACAAAUUGCAGUCUCUGAGACGGUACAACGGGGAAAAGGUGUCAUCGCAGCCGCCCGAGCCGCUGGAUACGGACGACAACGUCUACCUCCAAGAUUUUAAAGAUGGGACGUACCAGAUGUGUUCUGCAAGGUGGGCAUUGAAGGGUGCCCGAGAGCGGUAUGAAAUUGCGAGAAAGAACCAUGAAGCAAAGGUAUUCGAAGCGGAGGCAGGCAAAGGCGUGGAUGAAAAGAGGGCGGCUGUGCAAGCCCUCAUUCCCGAUUUUGAGAGGCUCGAAGCAGACCUAGAGGCACGGGGUGCGAAGACGUUCAAGGAACUAUUCCCAGACAUCCAAGUACCUUCCAAGAACGACCAAGACAGUCAGAUUCAGCAGUGGAAGCGGGAAUCUUUCAAAGUAUCUUUUACUUUUACAGUUCCAGAUCUCGACACUGUCAAGAGAGAGGGCUAUAUGAAAUUAUUCGAAGCCGCAUGGAGCGGUGAUCUCCGCAUGAUCAAAGACCUCACACUGAGGAUGUGGGGACCGAAUAAGGACCAAACCCCUCUUCAAAUUGCAGUGUUUGACCAGGAUGGCUUCUCACCUUUCGCCAUUGCUGUUCUUUUCCAUAUGAGUGUCGACGACGAUCCUUCCGGCGACGAGCAUGACCAUGGAAUCAACAUUGACAGUGAGAUAAUUGAUGACCAGUUCACUGUCGACAACGUGGCCGAGGUGAACGCGCAGGUAAAAUGCAAGGUUACGCCAGUUCAAGUGUUAUCACGAAAAUGCCCGGCAUAUCGUUUCACAGAAGAUCAGGGAAUGAAGGCCGUCUCCUCUGGUAAAGCUUCAGCAGCAGCAUCCAGAAUGAAGCGUGAUCCCGAUGAUUGUCGGCCGAAUAACCUAAUACAGUAUGCGAUCCGGCGUGAAGACGUUGACUUACUGGUGUUCCUGCUCGAACUGGGGCGCAAAUAUUCGAUUAUAGGCACUGAGAAAGAGUCAUCUCACAUGUACAACGUUUCGGAAGCAGAUUUUCACUUCGCAAUCAAGCUUGGACAUGUACGCUGCCUUGCUGAGCUCAUCAAGCGGACUGGAGCCGGGAUUCCGCUUGAUGAGAUUGCCCAGCACAGCGGAGUCGAGCUCAAAGAGAAACCCAGGUAUUACCGGGGGCUGUCGAUCCGUGGGAAGAAGCGAGCGGACUGGGCAGAAGCGGGAGGGUUGUCGUCUAGACGGCAUCACGACAGCCAUCCUCCUCUACUGGUGGCUGCUUUCAAGGGCAGCCUUGACAGUGUGGAAUGGUUCCUCAGCACGGCACCCCAGCGGCACUAUUCGGAGUUUGUCGCUGCACAUCAGCACGAUGAGAGGGUGAAGAGACUUGCGCAGACCGAACUGGGAGUCGAGGGAUCUCUGGCAAACUGGCUCGGUUUGAGAAAUGACCUCGUCUUGCACUGCGCCGUCCUUUCCAAGCCAAGCGAGGAAUCGGAGCGCUUGGUCAAAUAUCUCAUUGAGAAUGUUCCAAGCUCCCUCGAAACCAAGUCUGCAGAGGGCCACACGCCACUCGCGCUGGCAUACUCACUGCAUCGCACAAGCAUUGCGCGCAUUCUCAUUGAGGCAGGAGCCAAUCAAGCAGUCCGCGACCAGAACGGCAACAAUCUGAUACACCUACUCCUUUGCGGUGUCGACAAUGUAGCAAGCGUUACCACGGACGAUUUACAAAAUCUUCUUGACCUUCUCGACCCGCUUUUGGUUCCAUCCCUGCUUACAGAACGGUCCACCAGGGGCCAGACGCCAGUUUGCAGUUGGAUGGAUUUGGCGAAUCCGCUAUCGGGACACGUCUACACGCACCUGAGCGGCCGUGGCAAGAUGAACACGAAGUCGGAGACGGAUGGAAAGGUGGCAGUCAUGCGAGUCCUCUUGGAUUUUGCCGCUCCCACGGGACAGAAGCACCUGGAGUUGUUAGAUGGAGGAGGAAACACGCCCAUGCAUAACGCGGUUACGAUGCAGCUGCCGAGGAUUCUCGAUCUCAUGCUCGAGCGCCGGCCCGAUCUGCUGUAUCGGGAGAAUGCGACGGGGUGUACUCCUGCGGAUCUCGCGCAUGACUUGUGGGUGAGUGAAAGAACAGCGUUCCCGCCACAGAUUCCCAAGGACUUUGUCAGCCCAUCCGAGGGGGACGAGAGGAAGAGUGUCUUGGAGCGGAAACCGGAAUCCUUUGUGGUGGAGAGGGAUCCCCGAAGCGAGAGACAGAUGAUAUGGGAUCUUUGCCGGGAGCGGAUUGAAAGAGGAGUGGGAGGAGGACAGCGCCGACUGGUCAGUCUGUCCGAAGCGAACGAAGUAGCCAGGAGGGUGGCUGCACAGGAGAAGCGAAGAGAGAGAGCAAGCGAUGAGUAUAUUCGAUUGAAUUCGAUCUUGUUUAUCUCUAAACCAGACGAUGAGUUAGUUGCAGGAAGUUACAUAUGCAGUCUGCGCACUGCUUGCCUUGUUGGGGAUAUGGAAGUUUGGUUUAGUUUAGUUAUUACACUUAACUCUAGUUACUUCAUUUACUUUAUUUACUCCAUCUAUUUCAUGAUUUAUUUAUAUAAAGUUCUGACUUUGGACCCUAACUAUACUACCAAUAGUUCAAGUUUGGACGUGGGGGAUGAGAUGAAGGUGAAGAUGGUGUAUGUUCAGUGCAGACCUCCAUACGUACAUACUUCGUAUUCUGCUUUAGCCAAGGGGCCUGAUUUUAAUUAA